GAAUAUGGUCGAUACGAAUUCACUCAUGAGGUGUUGGGUAAAGACGAGUCUUUCUUCAACGGUCGACCCGUACCUCGUGAACGUCGAAUAUCAGUGAUUUGUCGUGAUCUGCCGCAUGCAUUCGCUGAAGCACAAGAGAGGGCUGCUAAACUAGCUGCCGCAUUCCCUAGUAGCGCAAAACAAUCCGAACAGUAA